ACAUGGCGGCGGGGUUGCUGCUGCUGCUGCUGCUGGCGGUCGCGCCGGGCCCGGCGGCCGCCGUCUGGCCGCGGCCUCAAGCCGAGCGCUCCCCCCCGGGCGGCGGCCGCUGCUUGCUGCCCCCCCGCCGCUUCCGCUUCGCCUUCGCGGCCGGCUCGGCUGUGGGGCCGGGCUGCGCCGUGCUGGAGGCUGCCUUCCAGCGGUACUGGGCGCUGCUCUUCGCCGCCGCCCGCCCGACCGAGAGCAAGCAGCUUGGGGAGACACCCUGCACACAACUCCUCGUCUUUGUUGCCACACCGGGCUGCGAUGGGUUUCCCAGCCUGGACUCCAAGGAAAGCUAUAAGCUGUUUGUCUCAGAAGGCUCCUUGCUGCUCUCUGCAGAUGCUGUCUGGGGAGCUCUCAGAGGCCUGGAAACAUUUAGCCAGCUUGUUGGGAGAGAUGAGAAUGGCACGUACUACAUAAACAAGACAGAAAUUGUGGACUUUCCCCGCUUCCCUCACCGGGGCCUGCUGCUGGACACCUCUCGUCACUUCUUGCCUCUGAGAGCCAUCCUGGAAACUCUGGAUGUCAUGGCUUACAACAAGUUCAAUGUGUUUCACUGGCACAUUGUGGAUGACCCAUCUUUCCCCUACGAGAGCUUGACCUUUCCAGAGCUCAGCAAGCAGGGAGCCUUCAACGCCAUGACCCACGUGUACACAGCCAGGGACGUGCAGACAGUGAUUGAAUACGCUCGACUGCGCGGCAUCAGAGUCGUUGUGGAGUUUGACACUCCUGGGCACACUCUCUCCUGGGGUCCAGGUGCUCCAGGCCUCCUGACUCCCUGCUAUUUGGGCAAGGAUCCUUCUGGGACCUAUGGGCCCAUCAACCCCAUCCUUAAUAGCACCUAUCAGUUUAUGACCAGUUUGUUUCAAGAGGUCAGCACUGUGUUCCCAGACUUCUUUCUGCACCUCGGUGGUGAUGAGGUGGACUUUACAUGCUGGAAAUCCAAUCCAAAAAUUUGUGCCUUCAUGAAGGAGAUGGGCUUUGGUGAAGAUUACAAAAAAUUAGAGUCGUUCUACAUCCAGAGGCUUCUGGACAUUAUCUCUUCCCUUGGCAAAGGUUGUAUUGUGUGGCAGGAGGUGUUUGACAAUGGAGUGAAGGUGAGGCCAGACACCGUUGUCCAUGUGUGGAAGGAGAACUCCACACCAUACAUGCAGGAGAUGGCAAAUGUCACCAAGGCUGGUUACCAGGCACUGCUCUCUGCCCCCUGGUACCUCAACCGCAUCUCCUAUGGGCAGGACUGGAUGGCGGCCUACCAGGUGGAGCCUUUGAAGUUUGAAGGCAGCCCCGAGCAGAAAGACCGGGUGAUCGGCGGAGAGGCGUGCAUGUGGGGGGAGUAUGUGGAUGUCACUAACCUGGCCCCCAGGCUCUGGCCAAGAGCUGGGGCUGUAGCCGAGAGACUGUGGAGUAACGCAACAGUCAGGGACCUGCAAGAUGCCUACAUGCGGCUGACUGACUUCCGCUGCAAGCUCCUUGGGCGUGGUGUCCAGGCACAACCUCUCUACACAGGAUACUGUGAAAAUGAGUUUGGUGGACUUUGAAGGGAGAGUCACGCUGCCCUCGGUCGCAGUGCAUGCAGGAGGAAGGAUCCUCUCUCAAAAGCUGCUGGCUUGGCAGAGGGGCCCCUUCCUGCCCGCAGCUUCUGCUAUUGCUCUGUUGCAAUGAACUUUUUUUUUUCCUUAGCAUGUACUUUCCACUUUUUCCCCCCUUUCUUUCUAUUUUUAUUUCUUUAAAUCUAUAAAUAAAUUGCCUCAAAGAGGAAAAAGGUGCACUUUCAUGCUCAGAUGAGACUUGGGAGAUCGUGCAAGGGUUAUUGUUAGCAGGCUCGCUCCAGAGGUGCUGGUGGAGGGGCAUCUGGCCAUGCCUCACGCUGGUGGCCCUGGAGCCCGCUGGGCACCUGCUCAGCUGGAUGAGCUAUGUUUAGUCUGUGCUGCUCUCCCAGUCCCCAUCCCUGCAGAGAGAAGGGGUUAAGAAGGUGUGGACUUUUUUUGACUUUGACCUCCCACUGUCCACACCUAACAAUGCACUAUUUGCAUGGUGGCCUUGGUUUUGCUUCCGUGACCUUCCACACACCAGUGGUCAAGGUGGUAGUGGUGGUGGUGGCCCUGUCCUUGCUCUGGCUUUUCUUUCCCUGCCUGUGUCCAGAUAGGAGGCUUACCUGCAAGCCACCGUCUCUGCUGACUGCAGCUCUCCCUGCUGCCACCUUCCUUCUCUGGCUUCUCCUGAGAAGACACUCUGAAGCCUCUCCAAAGACACUUCAGACCCUCUGAGUUGAGCACUGCUCAGUUCCUCAACCUCCUGCCACCUGUGCUCAGGAUUUGGCCAACUAAUUCAUCUUUCUCUUCCUCUCUUGUCCUCGGGGUGGAAAGCUCAGCUCUAGGUCUUCUCUGCUCAAAAGGGAUGGAGAUGGGAUAGCAUUUUACUUGGAGAAGAAACUGAUGAUGCUGAUGUCCUACAGAACUGGGACAGACACAGUUCUUGUCCUUUGACAGCUGGGGUUGCUGUGCUGGAAACACUGCCCAGCUGCACCAAGGGGCUCUCUCAAGGAGAUAUCCACACUGAUGGGACUGCUGUGUGUCUGCUUUGGCCUUAAAUGAGUGAUGUUAUGGAUGGAAGCCUUUUACUGUUGAACUUAAUUUUAAAAAUGGGGAAUUAACUUUGAAUGUAAAAUACACAGAAAUCAUCA